AUGCAGUAUUGUGUCAAGAAUACGAUCAAACCAGUGACCAUUUGUACAGGUAGCAAGUUAAUGGAACUAAAAAUUGCUCACCUAAACCUCAGAAUUAUUGACAGCCAUAAUUUUGUACCAUCACCAUUAUCGGCAUUCCCAGAAACUUUUGGAUUGGAUGAAUUGAAGAAAGGUUACUUUCCUCAUUUGUUCAAUACAAAAGAAAACGAAAAUUACAUGGGUCCAAUGCCACCCAUUUUGAGCUAUUUACCUAAUAAAAUGAAAGAUGGUCCCCGUGAGACUUUCAUUAAGUGGUAUAAGCAAAAAUGGGCUGAAAAUUACCAAUUUGACAUGAAGAAGGAGCUCUAUGAAUACUGCAGCUCAGAUGUUGAUAUUCUUAGACGAGGUUGCUUAAGUUUGCGCCAAACCUUCUUGGACAUUGCCAACAUCGACCUGUUUAGUGAAUACAUAACCAUCGCUAGUGUAUGCAUGGCAAUAUACCGCAGCAGAUACUUAGACCCAGAAAGUAUUGCGAUCGUAUUGAAAGAGAUCCGUGACCAGUUUUCGAAAGUUUCUAUUGGCUGGUUGGAAUCUUUUAAUAAUGAUAAUAUUGCCCAUGCUACCAACGGCGGAGAGGUCCAAAUUUGUGGAGCUAAGGUUGACGGAUUCGACUCCACUACCAACACGGUGUACCAGUUUCACGGUUGUUUCUGGCAUGGAUGCCCUGAAUGCUUUGACGAUGACACGAUUAAUCACGUCACCAACGAACGCAUGACGGAUCUGUACCAGAAGACCAUGGGUCGCACAGAACAACUUGAAGAAGCUGGAUAUACUGUGGUGGAAAUGUGGGAGUGUGCCUGGAAAAAGAGCAGGGAAUUCCGUCAAAACCGAGCUAACAAUAACGACCAGAUUAUUGACCUGCUGAAUCCUCGUGAUGCCUUCUUCGGAGGUCGUACAGAAGCGUUCAAACUGCAUAAAACAGUCGAUGGUAACAUGGAAAAAAUCAAAUAUGUUGACGUCUGUUCUUUGUAUCCGACGGUAAUGUAUUAUGAUGACUAUCCAAUCGGACACCCUGAGAAAAUAAUUAAUCCUCCAAGCUUUGAUCCUGAUUGGUACGGAUUUAUUAAAUGCAAGGUUGUAGCUCCCAAGGAUUUGUAUAUUCCUACACUUCCUGUGCGAGUGAAAAUGGAGAAAAGCGAUAAAUUAUUAUUCCCACUGUGUCUGAAGUGUGCCAAAGACAAGCAGCGCCAAUGUACGCACAGUGAUUCUGAACGAGCUUUCGUUGGUACUUGGUGUACGCCUGAAGUGAAUAAAGCUAUUGAAGUUGGGUAUAAAGUGCUCGAAGUUUACGAAGUUUGGAAUUUUGAGAAGGACAACUGCUUAUGGAAAGGUUACAUUAAAGAUUUUCUUAAAAUGAAACUGGAAAGCAGUGAGCACUCGUACCCGACUAAAGAAGCUUACGCUGAGGCUGUAAAACGAGACCAAGGCAUUGAACUAGACCAGAACAAAAUCGCUUACAACCCAGGAAGAAGAGCCGUUUCUAAAUUAUGCCUAAACUCGCUUUGGGGUAAAUUUGGACAACGUGACAACCUGGGUGUAACCGAGUUCAUUACCGAUCCGUGUAAAUUUUAUGAUAUUCUACUGAACGAUCGCCUCACAAAUAUCCAGGUUAAUAUUUUGUCUGAUGAUAUGAUUCAGGUGAAUUAUAAAUACAAGGAUGUUUUUGUUGAGGAUAACUUUAACACCAAUAUUUACGUGGCAGCUUUUACAACUGCAAAUGCCCGAUUGAGACUUUACGACCUACUGCACAAAUUAGACCAGGCUGUUUUGUAUUGCGACACUGACUCGAUAGUCUACGUUGACAAUGGUAGAAAUACUGUACCAACUGGUGACUUGUUGGGUCAGUGGACAGACGAAUUGAAAGGCGCUUACAUCACUAAAUUUUUGAGCACAGGCCCCAAGUCGUACCAUUACAUUACCAGCAAAGGUAAACAAGUUAUAAAAGUUAAAGGAUUCACUCUACACCACAAGAAUGCAAAACUGAUCAGCGGUGAGUCGAUGGAAAAGUUACUUUUCGGUGAAAUUAAGGAAAUCUAA